UUGGUGACUUCUGUGACAAUGGUUUACACCUGUGUCGUUUAUGGAUGUACAAAGAAGUCGGAAGUGGGCGUCAGGACGCUUCAUGAAUUUCCAAAGGACGCAACAUAUUUGAAUGCCUGGAAGCGGUUUGUUAAACGAACUCGGGCGCAUUGGAAAGGUCCCUCCACUUCAACUCGACUGUGUAGCGAUCAUUUCGACCCAGAAUGCUACGAAAAUUGGCUAGCGUGGACCAUGGGGACAGUGAGGAGGCUUGAAUUAAAACAAUUUCAAGUUCCUACGAAAUAUCCGGAGGGUACAUGCAGUACGCUAGCCUCGCCAGCAGUGAUGGCGAAAAACUUGACGUCUCCGGUACCAGCGCCUACCACGCCUGUAGAUGCAACCACGCCCGUACGAGCUACGAGCACGAAGAGGAGACGUCCAAGUAGUGCUUCCCGCAAAAGGAAAUUGAUAAGGCACUGAGGAUGAAGUUUAGAAAACUUCGAAACGUUUGAAAAUAAAAAGAUGUUCGUAGCU